AUGUCGGAUCUCGAGACUGAUGUUCAACGUCUAAUCGACGAGCGAGACAUCCGAGAUCUCGUUGCCCGCUUCGCGAAUGCGUGCAGUCCGCCGAACCCGGAAGCAUUCGCCAGACUAUGGUUACCAAACGCAGUCAACCACCCGGUAUGGACUCUCAGCGAACCUUUUGCUACGAUUGCGACAGGUAACGCAGAUAUUGUCGCCCUGUUACUGAAGCUUUUGGCACCGUGGGACUUCUUUGUGCAGCUCGUUCACUCGGGCGUUGUGGACAUCAAUGGACACCGAGCAACGGGUCGUUUCAUUAUCCGCGAGGUGGCCAAAGGCCCAGAUGAGACCUACUACAAUAACUUCGCUAUUUACGAGGACGAGUAUCUCAAGAUAGACGGUACAUGGUAUUUUGGGAGAAGAGAUUACAAGUAUAUGUUUUUGGAUUCUGGGCCGUUUGCUGGGGCCAUCUGCUCUCCGAUUGCUGGCUGGUUUGGCAAAAAUUGA